UUCCACUGAGCAUGCGUACAGUGACCAAAAGUUUACUUGUUUUCAAAAUACGGAGGAUAACAAAGCAAAUCUAGUUGAGAUUUACUCACUAGAACUUCUUUAAAUUGAUCUUAAAUACAUGUGACAAUUAACGGUGGUAUCGUUUUAACAUGUCAAGUGCGGUUCCUGGUGGAAAAAAGGCCGCACUCUGCAGAUAUUUUAUCAGCACUGGUACUUGCACGUACGGAGACGAGUGUCAGUUUCUUCAUCAAAAUCCACACGGCUUUCAGCAGCAGCAACCAAAUAUACCAAAUUCCUUUUUAAAUGGGCCAACUCUUCCAAACGGACCAACAAAUUCAGCUGAUAAUUUAGGUAUGCCGGUUCAGGACAGCACAGGAAGUAAUGGUGACCAGUUUUUUAAUGCAACGUUUUCUGCAGCUGACAAUGCGCCUGAAUUUCAACCUUUCUCUCAAAGGCCAGGACCAAUAUCUCGACAGAACAGGGGCAGUGUUGGUAUGGUUGGAAAUGGAAACAUGAUGUCAAACAGCCCUAUGUCCCAGUCUAACAGUGCUAUGCCCCAGCAGCCUCAGCAGAUGGCGAGCCCCUUCAAUAACAGUAACAUGACCCCUAACAAGGCACCGAUCUCACAGAGUACUCCUCUCUCACAACAGCAGGCUGUUCACCCUCCACCACAGAAUGGUCCAGUGUCCAGUCUAAUGAAUGGUCAGCUGCCACCAAACAUGAAACCUUUCAUGGGUAACAACAGUGGCUAUGAUUCCAGUAUGACAAGUGAAUUCUCUGCACUGAAUCUCUCUAUUCCUUCUACCACUAAGGGAGGUAAUCCAAUGGUAUCCGAGUUUAUACCAAAAUUAUCACACAGUUCAAGCUCUCCAAACUUUUCAAGCUUCAACAACAUGCCCCCACCGGGACACCAACAACAAAACUCAAGUGCUACAAACCUUCUUGGCGGAUUGAACAUCACAUCAAGUUCAAGUCCCAACCACAGCCCCAGAUUGUCACCCAAUAAUUCACCACUGAUGAUGAGGCGCACUGGGUCGCCAGUAGCACCACUGAGGCAGUCGAAGCCGGCGGCAGGCAGCAUGGUACAGGAAAAUGUUGGUGGUACUACAUACUUCUAUAAUGCAGAGGAUUUCACACCUCAAAGAGAGGGCAUUCAACUUCCAAACUUUACAAUGUUCCAUGGUCCACCACCACAUAUUGCCCACAUGAAAGUGAAGUCUAACAUGCCACAGUUCUUCAUGCCUGAUGAGCUGAAAGUGGAAAUUCUUAACAAGAGUGCUGUUACCAUGGCACAGAUAGAUCUAGGACAGAAUAUUGAUAUUCCGGCAGAAGUGGACACAUACAGAAACUUGUUCCCGUUAGAGCCUCCCCCAGACAACCCCCAUCAUAAAUCAAAAACAUUUGGUUACCCUACUACAUGCUACAAAGCCCUUAACACUAAAGAUGGCCAGACAUACUGUUUGAGAAGAAUUCAUGGUUUUCGUUUGGUUCAUACAAAAUGUAUGACAUUGGUUGACAUGUGGAAGAAAAUGUUUCAUCCUAACAUUGUACAGUUGAGGGAAGUGUUCACAACCAAGGCAUUUGGAGAUCAUUCGAUUGUGUUUGUGUAUGAUUUUUUCCCGUUAGCGGAGACUCUGUUGUCGAAGCAUUUUAGUCAUCCCCAUCACAGCAGUCAUCAUAACCCAUUCAUGGAUUCAUCUGCCAGACCCUUCAGUGCAGGGAAAGGUAACUCUAGAGGAGGCAGUUCAUCUGGACCUAGGCAGCAUGCAGGGCUACUCCCAGAGAGCCUCAUCUGGUCAUACGUUGUUCAGUUAUCAUCUUCACUGCGGGCGAUACAUGCAGCAGGUCUCUCGUGUAGAACUCUUGACCCAUCGAAAAUCAUCAUAUACAAUAAAUCGAGAUUGCGUUUAAAUUGUUGUGGAAUAUUUGAUGUGCUGACGUUUGACAAUAACCAAAGCAAUCCUAUGGCUUUAACUCCACACUAUCAGCAGGAAGAUUUGAUAUCGCUCGGGAAGGUGGUGUUGGCUCUUGCCUGUAACAGCGUGAUGGCAAUACAGCGGGAUAACCUGCAGACAUCCAUGGAACUUGUUGCUAGAAACUACUCGGCCGAUCUCAAAAAUCUCAUCCUGUAUUUGCUGGGCAACCAGAACCGCCCUCGCAGCAUCAAUGAUAUUAUGCCAAUGAUUGGGGCUCGAUUUUAUACGCAGUUGGACUCGGCACAGCUUCGUAGUGAUGUCAUAGAAACUGAAUUGGCUAAAGAGGUGGAGAAUGGCCGUUUGUUCAGACUGUUGUGUAAACUUGGAGUGAUCAACGAGAGGCCUGAGUUUAAUUUGGACCCGCAAUGGUCAGAGACAGGAGAUCGUUACAUGCUGAAAUUGUUCCGAGACUAUGUGUUUCAUCAGGUGGAUGAGAAUGCGGCUCCUUGGGUGGACAUGUCACAUCUUGUCAUGUGUCUCAAUAAGUUGGAUGCUGGUUCCCCAGAGAAGAUUAGUCUGAUGUCAAGGGAUGAACAAAAUAUCUUAGUGGUGAGCUACGCAGAGUUGAAACAGUGCUUUGAGAAUUCAUUUGGAGAUAUUCUUAACAGCGCGCACUCCAGUGGAAUUUCCUAAACGUGGAUUUAUAAUCAACCAGUUAAGGAAAGAAAAAUCUGGUUAGACUCAUAAGCUUCAUAAAAAGCUUGAGUUAUUUACGUGAACAUGAAUAUACAGGCUUGAAGCAAGCUGUAACUUUCCCUGGGCAUUUUAUUUGCCUGUAUCGUUACUUAUAAAUACUGUUAAACAUUGUCAGUAUACACUUGUCGCGUUUAGUAUUGGUAAAUGUAAUUUAUAUUGAUAGUACUUAAGGAGAUUGUGAUUAUGUGAAAGGCAGCUCCGCACUUCUGUAGAGUUAAAAAGACUUGAAAUUUUUGUGACACUGAGGCUAUUUCAGCUAUGAAACUCCUGGAUAUUAAGCUGUAUGAACUAAAAUCAAAAGUUGUAGUCUUUAAACAUUCAGUGUAAUAUGAUAUUGUCAUGAUCAAGGAUUAAAGAUGAAUUGUUUAAAACGCUGAAAACAUGUCCAAACUAAAAAGUGUGGGAUUAAAGUACAAUUGUUCUAGCUGGUUUUUAACUUGUCAUGUCUGCUCAAUGAUUAUGAAGUAUUUCAUUUCAUUUUCGGGUAAAAAUCUGACUGCCCACUGUUACCCACUUUACAAGUUAUUUUCAUACAUUUUUAACUCUGUAAAUGACUAGUUAAUUUAUUUUUGUGGUAUAGAAUUGUACAUUACAUGUACAUAAUGCAUGCUGAAUUUUGUAUAUAGUAUUAUUACAAGUUAUUUUUUUCUUUUUGUUGACCAUAAAAAUGAAAUGAAAAUUAUUUUGAAACCAAAAUUGUUUUAAGUUAAUACCUAAUUGACUUACAGUCCUUAAAUCUGUGUUGAAUUCUGUGUAUUACUGAAAGUACCUGAUCUGUUUGUAACUUAUCUUGAUCAGGAGUUUGUCUAAGAAAUUGAUACAGAGGGUUAGCUUUAGGUUAUACUAUUUUAGCUUGAUUUUGGUGAAAGCUUUAAGCUUAUUUGAAUCACUUUCCACUUCCUGGAUAACUCAGUACUGGUAUCAUAUGAGAAGUUAUGGUCGUGACCCCAGUGGGGCUUAUAUGUGUGACAAAGCGUUUAGUGGCCGGCACCUCAACCACUAGACCACCUUCACCUUUGAAGGGUUAGGAUUUGAUACUUGUGGUAAUGCAAGAACAUGCUAUUGUAGUUUAUAAUUCAGAUGCAUCUCUUAACAUUUACCCUGCUAAAUUACUGAAAUGGACUGGUCCAUCAUUCCAUUUGGGCAGCACCACUUAUAAUUCAAAGGGGUGUUCACUGAAGAUUUACUGACUGAAUAGCGAACACUGCAGGCUGAUCUUGGUUCGACUGGUCACAACGGAAAUAUCAUUUGCUGCCAGCAGGCUAAAGGAGAAAUAAACUGUGUAGCCUUACAGAACAUUAUAUUGUAGAUUCUGGGGAAAUUUAUUUGAAUUAUAAUGCUGGAAGGAGAAUAAUAUUUACUUACACAGUACAGGACAGGGAGGGUUACCCUUGUUGUAGAUAUAUUACAUUACUAGAACAAUAAUGUGCUAUUAUUUUACAGUAAACACAAAUUCAACACAGUUUAGAUAUGUGAGUAUAGAAUCAGGGUGUUGUUAUUUGAUCUGAUCCUACAAGCUGCCUAAUGUUAAAUGUAUGUGCAUAUAUUUUAAUAUUGAGUGUAUGUGUGUAAAUGUUGAUAAAACACACGGUUGUGAAGCUAAUUGGUGUAAGUGAAAUCUAUCCUUCCGUAUUUUUAUAGUUGCACAUCAUGUGAAGAUAGUGGUUGCAUUAUUGAGUGAGAAAUGAUUGACAUUUGUUAGAUGAAUACACAUCAUUCUUGACACAUUAUCAGUAAAACAAUUGAGUUAUACAAAAUCUCCUACAAGUAACUACUGGUAAUACUCCAUUAUGAUUGAUCAGUAACUUGACAUAUAUACUGCUGCUAACAUUCCAAUAUAUCGUGCUCAUAUUGUGUACUCAUUUCUCUUACUUCAUAAAAUACUUUUUUUAUGAUCUUGAUUUUUGAAGGUAUAUUUUUACAGUACAGUUGAAGUAGUUACAUUAUGUUAUUUUCCUUACAGUCAAUGUGUUUUAGUUAAAAGUGAACUGUGGAAUUAUUAGAAUGUAAGAUUUUCAGUAUAUUCUAUCAGAUGCUUUGUUAUCACUCAAGGUGGCCAAAUACUUUUAAGUACAAGGUUGACAACAUUACCAAAUAUUUGGGGGGGUUUUGUGAGGAAGUAGUUAAUGUAGGAAAUUGCCAAAUCUGCUCUUGGUAGACUUUGUUAAAAUUGUUAUUAAUUAAGAGCUAAAAAUAGUAUUGCCAAAAAAUGCAGAACAAUAAAACAGAUCAAGAAAUGAUCAAGCAUUUCUUACCCAUUUUCAGAUGUUUUUUUACAGACACAAAGUUCUGACUUGUUCUGUUAUACAUAGAUUUAUAUUCAGUAUAUGCAAAUUCAUGAAAAUAAGCUGUUGAGGAAUUGCAUUAAUUUCUACAGAUUUUUGUUUUAUUCAACAAAGUAUACACUGAGCUUGACAGAUCCACUUUUAGAUAUGAGUAGAAAUUGGCUCUGUAUGAGCGGAACUUGCUAUAAUAAUUAUCUUGCAGGAUGAAUGCGAUUUUUGACCAAAAAUACAAUAAAUUCAAAGAAAAUGGAGCUGCAAAGACAUAUUGAAAAUAGAAGUUGAUUUAUUGUUCACAAGUCUAAGUUCUGUUCAGUUCUGUUACAGUAUGGCAUUAUGAACACUCAAUAGUCCACGACAGGAUUUCUGUAUGUAACAUUUUCACCAGACUAUUAAAAAGUGCUGUAGAUAAAAAUUACUUUUCCUAUGUGAAUUGCAGUAGGACAAGUGAAAAAUUAAAGCAGCUCGUCCUGCAGGAUGACUUGCUUUCAAAGAAUUGUUGAGAUGCAUUUUUGGUAAAUAGUACUAAGACAGGUAAUCCAGACACCGUGCAUGAUGUUCAUAUGUUUUGCAAGAUUUUCAUUUCCAGAAAAAGUCAAUGUAAAUAUGUGAUUAGUUUGAAUAUAUGUGCUAGUCUGUUUCUGCAUAAUACAUAUGUCAUUACUUCGGCACAAAAAGUGAUAAACUGUACUGACAUAAAGGAGUAGUUGAUCACUUUCUGCACUGAGGUGAAGAUAUAUAAUACUUUUUUACUUUUGCAAACUAUGUGCUACCAAAAGCAGUUUGUUAUUUUUCAAGAACAACAAUAAAAAUAAUGUCUCUUUAACCAUUUCAAAUAGGGAAAUACCAUGUCUGGCUGUGCUCACGUUACACACUUUCUGGAUGGCUUGUCUAUCAAUAGUCAAAAGGUCCACAAGGACCAGUGGUCAGUUGCUUUGAUUAAUGAACAGAAAGCUAUUAAGUGUUUUAUAACAUGACAUUGGAAAUAAAAUUUCAAUAUAUUUUGACUUUUAACCCAGUAAACAUGUUGAAUAUCGACUGGUCAUAUAGCACAGACUACGGGCCAGUGAAUUAUAUAAGAAAUCAAAAAAGAUAUGAUAGUUUUUAUUACAGAACUGUAGCAAUAGAUUUUUUUUUGUAACAGCUCAUUUUUUUUCUGAAUUUUUGAACUGUGAUGAAGCAUUUUAAUUGUAAUUUUUUAGAAGGGGAGACAUAGAUAUAACUUUGCAAACAAACAAGCUACAGUUUUGGUAGCUGUAGUUGUAAGUGUUAGCACAGCUUAAAUAGACAAAACACCAUUACUUUUCUAACAUUUAACCACUCUUUACAGCCAUAAAUCUGCACUCUUUGAAAAAAAGUCAAACUGGUAUUUCCGUAAGUACAAGUUGCUUCAGACAGCACUUCUUAUUAAUAUAUUAAGAAUUUUCACAUUGCAAGAUCACAUCUAACAGCUGUUGCCUUAGUGUUGGCUAUCAGCAUGUGUUACGUUUUAUGAUGAAUAGAAUUUUGUAUUAUAUUAAUAUUAUUUUGUGUAUAACAUGCCGCUCUAUCACUGAUUACAAUAUUCAUUUUACAUAGUGACACAGUAGACUGAUUAUUUGUAGAAAUAUGCUACCUAACAAGAUUUUCACAUGAGUUAUUAGUUCUGCACUAAUUUUAUCAUUGUUAAGUGUUAUUUGUUGAUAGAUAGAAGUGCAAUAAUACAUAAUACUGUUAUUUUCUAUGAAUGUGACAGGCUAGGAAGACUGUUCAGGGAAUCUGUUGAUCAUAGCGUGCAUAGAUUGUUGUAACAAUCUGAGAAUGUAUUGAUCUUAGGGUGUGGAGGUUUUUGUAACAACCUGAGAAUGUAGUGAUCAUAACUGCGGAGGUUGUUGUAACAAUCUGAGAAUGUAGUGAUCAUAGCUGCGGAGGUUGUAACAAUCUGAGAAUGUGUUGAUCAUAGCGUGCGGAGGUUGUUGUAACAAUCUGAGAAUGUAGUGAUCAUAGCUGCGGAGGUUGUAACAAUCUGAGAAUGUGUUGAUCAUAGCGUGCGGAGGUUGUUAUAACAAUCUGAGAAUGUAGUGAUCAUAGCUGCGGAGGUUGUAACAAUCUGAGAAUGUGUAGAUCAUAGCAUGCGGAGGUUGUUGUAACAAUCUGAGAAUGUAGUGAUCAUAGCUGCGGAGGUUGUAACAAUCUGAGAAUGUGUAGAUCAUAGCAUGCGGAGGUUGUUAUAACAAUCUGAGAAUGUGUAGAUCAUAGCGUGCGGAGGUUGUUGUAACAAUCUGAGAAUGUAGUGAUCAUAGCUGCGGAGGUUGUAACAAUCUGAGAAUGUGUUGAUCAUAGCGUGCGGAGGUUGUUGUAACAAUCUGAGAAUGUAGUGAUCAUAGCUGCGGAGGUUGUAACAAUCUGAGAAUGUGUAGAUCAUAGCAUGCGGAGGUUGUUAUAACAAUCUGAGAAUGUGUAGAUCAUAGCGUGCGGAGGUUGUUGUAACAAUCUGAGAAUGUGUAGAUCAUAGCAUGUGGAGGUUGUUGUAACAAUCUGAGAAUGUAUUGAUCAUAGCUGUGGACGUUGUUGUAACAAUCUGAGAAUGUAUUGAUCAUAGCUGCAGAGGUUGUUGUAACAAUCUGAGAAUGUAUUGAUCAUAGCUGCGGAAGGUUGUUUUUAACAAUCUGAGAAUGUAUUGAUCAUAGCUGCGGAGUUUGUUGUAACAAUCAGAGAAUGUUUUGAUCAUAGCUGCCGAGGUUGUAUCAACCUGAGAAUGUAUUGAUCAUAGUGUGUGGAGAUUGUUGUAACAUUCUGAGAAUGUAUUGAUCAUGGCAUGUGACGAUUGUUAUUUCAGUGGUACUGUCAUUUUAUUGGUCGUCUUCCAGCAACGUGGAAACUGCCAGUAUAGUUUACUGCGAUUGUUAUUUCAACACCAUAUACAUUGUUCCAUCAAAACAAAUUUACACUUGUAAGUUUAAGAUAAUUAUUUCAAACAAACAUUUGUCAUUUAACAUAUCAUUUUCAUAUUAUUUAAUGUAAUCAUCUUUAAACAUGGCUGUUGCCAAUAGUUACAUUUGUAAGUUAUUUUAAAAAACUGGAAUGAAAUUUAUAACUGAAUAUGUAAUGAAAUGUUUUAUAUGCUGAUUUAAGUGAGGUUUUCAUGUUAUCAUACACAGGUGAUCAUGGCAUGUUUUUAAACUCAGGAAAAAAAAAGAUGGAGAACAACAUAAUCUUGAUACAUUCAUUGUUGCAUUGCAACUAGAUGUCUUAUAUCACAUGAGCAUUUUCUUUCUUUUUCCUUACAAUUUUUUUAAAAUUCUUUUUAAUUGAUGUUUCUAAGAUUACUCAUAUUUUUGGUUGUUAUUUUUAGCUCAUCAGAACUUUGUUCAUGGUGAGCUAUUAAUGUAGAUGGACAGGCUGGCAUACGUUGUGUGCAUACAUUGUCCUGCAUCAAAAUAUCCACUUACACAACAUCUGGUCAGAAUUAUAUGAAACUUGAUCUUUUACCGCUAAGGAACCGUUUAAGACAGCUUCACCAAACUUGGUUUUAACCCCCUUGUAUGGUUCGUUCGCAUGUUUACUUUAGGGGCUACCAGAGUUAAAGGUAAAGAAAAGAACCUUUAAGCAGCUUCUUACAAAACCCUUGGUGGAUCUUCACCAAACUCAGUAGCAUUCUUGUAUGGACCUGUCUUAAAUUUAUUCAUAUGGAUCUGCUGGUCAUCUGGGCUAAAAGUAGAAGCAUUUUUGAAAUGGUCCUCCUAGACCCCUUUUCACAAGAACUAUAAAUUGAAAAAAGCUUUGAACAGCUUCUUCUAAUGAUAAUAAUUUUCACUAAACUUGAUCCAUAGCAUCCGAACAUGAGCCAAUCUCUGUUUGUUCAGAUGAUUUGGUUUAUUUAAAGUUGUCAGAGCUAAACAUUGAAAAACAAUUUAAACUAUUUCUCAUGCAUGGCCCAGAGAUCUUCGCUGAACUUGGUCUGAUGGACCUUAGGCAGUUGUGUUAAAAUGUUUUCACUUGGCUGGAGGUAGGGGCUGAACCGAAAUAAAGAAAGUCUUUUAAACUAAUUCUGUUAAACUAGAUAGUCCACACUUGAACUCACUUGUACCCUUGUUUGACCUACUUUUCAUGAACUGCUUAAUGGAUGUUUACCAGACUUGUCAGAAGCAAGGUCAGAGUCGUCCUCGGGUGAACGACUUAAGUCAACUAUGUCCUCUUGUUUUUAAGACUGUUAAAAAACUGAUAUAAUUUAGGUUCACUUUUAUUGUGUCAUCUGCAGAGAUAUUAGAAUUGAUUCCAAGGCCUCCUACAGAUAGAUAUAAGAUAUAAUUGAACUUUAUAUGAAAUUUUAAAAUUCUUUUUCUAAUUAAAGAAACAACAGACUGUUCAUCAAUGACAAACUAAAGGUAGAUUAGGUUUGCAGAUGAGGAUUUUUUUUUAAAAAAGAUGCAAAAUUUGUUAUACAGGCCAUGACUAAGCUAUUCCGAAUGAUGAUAGAUAAAAGUUUAUUGGCACAUAAUUGACAGAAUUUGUUUUCCAUUACACAUCACAAGUUUAUCUGCAGUUGAUAUGAAGGACUAGUCUCCUGUAUUUUGUUUGUAGUCUUGUUUUUUUUUUUGACAGCCUGCUUUGUUUCAUGUGUCAGUGAAAUAUAUAUAGAUGAAAGGAACUGGCAACUUUGUUACAACUUGAUGGCCUGUAUCAGCUCACUGUAGAAGACAGAUUUUGUAACUGUAAGCAAUUAGACCCAUAAUUGACACAUGUCAGAUGUAAUAUAACAUUGGUGUAUUCCUCUGAACAAGUUUUGGAAAAUGACAGCCCAUUUCCAGAGUGAGCCUAAAUUAUGUUAUUGGUCUAUAUAAGAACAUUGGACCUUUGUUUAGUAACUAAAUAAAAUGAUGCCAUGUCUAGAAAUAUGAGAUUGUUGGUACCAAAACUUCAGAAAACUGUAUCAGGUAACAAAGGCUACAAAAACUUGUAUUUGUUUCGUUCAAUUUUCACUGAAAAAAAUACAUGAACUUAAAUGUAACAGAGAAAUAUAGUUUUGCAUUUCUUUCAUUUAUCUAUCUUUGCUGGCACACAUUAAGACAGACAAGACUGGAUUGUUUUAUCAUUCUUUUCUGUUGAUACAACAUGAUAUUGUUACACUGUUUUAUUUUGUUAUAUACAACAUGAGAAUAAGCUUUAAAGGGUAGCAGCAUACAUUGCUUGGAUGGAUUGUGCUGACAGUGUGUUUACUUCGUGUGGUUGAGUUGUCUCUCCUUGUGUAUUUGCAAUAUUUUUAAUUGCCAUAUGUGAAUUUGUAUCAACAAUUUUCUCUUUUUGGGCUCUUUCUGCUUAAGUUAUCGAAAGCUCUUAGUUUUUCAGUUCUUGUAUAAAUUGGAAUUUGAAGUCCUAUAUACUUACGGCGUUUUUAGGGGGUUUUGAUACUGGAAAGAUUAAAAAAAGUAAGGAUGUAUCAUUUAAAGUAUUAGCAAUUGUUAUUUUAACUUAUAGCAUAAAUCUCAUUUUAUAUGCUUGGGAAAUAAGUAGCAUAUUAUGAAACAAGAUUGAAGAAUUAUUAUUUGAUACUUAAAUCAGAGUUUUGUAGUGGAUCACCUCCACUGCACAGGGGAAUAACUUAACAGAAGUUGAAAUUGUGUUGUGUUUACAGGUCUAGGUAUCUAGAUGUCAAGUUUAUAAUGACAGUUAAAUUAUAGGAGGCAAAAUAAGUUGAUGAAAAGAGCUUAGAGGGAAAUGUUGAUACAAAAAGCAUUUUGGUGAAAUGUACAUUUGACAGAUUAUUUUUAUGAUGAUAAAAGUAAAAAUCCCUAAAAUAAAAAUGAAUAAAACUCUUUUAAAAAUGA